AUGAAAUUGAAAGUCGAUAACAAUGGUGGUGCAUGGUGUCCAAAACAUAUGGUAUCACGAGGAUUAAAGGAAUAUUUACAAAUUGAUUUGUUGCAAGUUCAUGUGAUAACGGGCAUUCGGACACAAGGACGCUUUGGUAAGGGUCAGGGCCAAGAAUACACUGAAGCGUAUGUGGUAGAGUAUUGGCGUCCGGGUAUGGAAAAAUGGCGUCGUUGGAAGAAUAUACAGGGAAAGGAGAUAUUGCCCGGUAAUAUUAACACUUAUAGUGAAGUUGAAAAUAUUUUGCAACCCAUAAUCUUUGCCACAAAAAUACGCAUCUAUCCGUAUUCACAAUAUGAUCGUACGGUUUGUUUAAGAGCUGAAGUUGUAGGAUGUCCCUGGGAAGCAAAUACAAUUUCCGAAUUAGCCAUUACCACUGCUACUGGUACUGGUGCUACUGCUACUGCUACUGCUAUUGCCAAUAUAUAA